GUCACUCCACGGAGCAUUUACUUGAGAGGCAGUGGAUCUCACGGAGUAUCCCAAGUAUCGCGAUACUUGAGCAGGACCUAUUUAAACACCAACCACUGCCGUGAAUUCACACUCAUUCAUUAACUGAGACUCUUGGAGUGUGAAGACAGUUGAAGAAGAAAAUGGCAGCUGGAAAAGCACAUAUUGGCAAACCUGCUCCAGACUUCACAGCCAAAGCUGUGAUGCCAGAUGGACAGUUUAAAGAUCUCAGCUUGUCUGACUACAAAGGGAAGUAUGUCGUAUUAUUCUUCUAUCCAUUGGAUUUCACCUUUGUUUGCCCCACUGAGAUCAUCGCCUUCAGUGAUGCUGUCGAGGAGUUCAGGAAAAUCAACUGUGAGGUCAUUGGUGCCUCUGUUGAUUCCCACUUCUGUCAUCUUGCCUGGAUAAACACACCUCGGAAACAAGGUGGUUUAGGCCAUAUGAAGGUCCCUCUGGUGGCAGAUUCCCUCCGCUCCAUUUCUCAAGACUAUGGUGUACUGAAGGAAGAUGAGGGUAUUGCAUACAGAGGUCUUUUCAUCAUUGAUGACAAAGGCAUUCUGAGGCAGAUAACCAUCAAUGACCUGCCAGUGGGCCGCUCCAUCGAUGAAACCCUGCGCUUGGUUCAGGCCUUUCAGUUCACCGACAAACAUGGAGAAGUUUGCCCAGCCGGAUGGAAGCCAGGAAAAGACACAAUUAAGCCCGAUGUCCAGCAGAGCAAAGACUACUUCUCCAAACAACAUUAAAAAGCACACUAGGCUGUGCAGCAUAGUGUAAUGGUCCCUGUACAUUGACUAUUAACAAGACAGCAGUAGCAUGAAGUACUGCUACUAGCACAUCCAUGUAAGAGUGGUAAUUAUUAUUUAUAGUGAUAUAUAUUGUGAGAAGUUAUAGGACCAAAAUGUGUCAUACUCAAAAUGACCUGAAAUGUAUUGUAACAUUUAAGUUAGUAACGUGUCUUACCAUCCUUUUUGUUGUGAAAACAGAUGUAUGUAUUGUCAACAGUUUUUUUGCAUUUCAAGCAAUAAACCAUUUUUAACAUGA